UGUUGAGAGAUAUUACUAUUGGCACAAAAACAUUUGUUUACUUUCCUAAUCUUUUUAUCGGAACAAGCGCAUGUCAAGUAUAUCGCAUAAAUCUGAUGGAAUUUUCAUGUCAUCUUCUUUAUACCUGUCACAGCUUUCCUGUUCUGGAUGUUACCUUUCCUCAUGACUGUUCCCAACUGUUUGCCACAUGUUCCAAAGAACACAUUCGAAUAUGGAAUAUUUCGUCGGGCCAGGAACUGCUUCGGGUCACUGUUCCAAACAUGACAUGUCACUCUAUAGAAUUCAUGCGUGAUGGAAAGAGCAUUAUUAGUGCUUGGGAUGACGGAAAAAUUCGGGCAUUUACACCACGUACAGGAAAGAUCAUCUUCACGAUUCACGAUGCUCACAACAGAGGUGUUACUGCAAUAACUACGACCACAGACUGCAAACAGAUCAUCAGUGGCGGUGGCGAAGGAGAAGUUAGAGUAUGGGAUAUCACAGCCGAGAAACAGAUUUUGCGUGAAACUAUGAAGGAACACAAGGGACCAGUCUCUUGCAUUAAAGUGCGUAGCAAUGAUAAAGAAUGUAUCAGUGCAAGCACAGAUGGCACCUGUAUCAUUUGGGAUUUGCAGAGGUUUAUCAGAAGCCAGGUUAUAUUUGCCAAUACUCUCUUCAAGUGUGUGUGUUACGGACCUGAAGAAUGUCAACUUAUAACAAGUGGCACAGACCGUAAGAUUGGAUACUGGGAGGUGUACGACGGAUCACUGAUACGGGAACUUGAAGGAUCCAGAUCUGGAUCGGUGAAUGCCAUGGAUAUAUCACAUGAUGGACAAGUGUUCGUGACAGGUGGUAAUGACAAGCUAGUCAAGGUGUGGAAAUAUCAAGAAGGAGAAGUAACACAUGUUGGUAUUGGCCACAGUGGAGACAUUACCAAGUUGAAAAUAUCUCCCACUGACCAGUAUAUUGUUACAGUAAGUAAUGAUGGUGCUAUUCUUAUCUGGAGUUUUCCAAAACUCUGAAGUCAUCUAAAUAACAUUGCCAAGCCUAUUUUACUCAUCAAACAUUUGACGUGUAUUCUUUGAAAUAAAAAACAC